AGGGCGCUGCGAGUCACAGAUCUUCGCUAUCGAUAUCGGAAGGUUGUGUGUCAUUUGGCGGCAGUUCGGAGUGUAAGCGAUUAAUUUAUAUUGUUAGGUGUAAAUUGAGAAGAAAGCGUAUUGUUUAAUUAUCACCACAACUUGGCAGCGAAUAUGGCAGCAAGUGAGAGAGUAGAUACCAUUAAGAGGCAUUUAUCUGCAUCGAAAAUUCCGGUAUCGCAGGGUGGAGACCGGGAUGCUUCCAUACCCAUCAGAAGGCAAGAGCUAUUAAAAUGGAAUGGAUGGGGCUACAAAGAUUCCAAAUUUUUCUUGGACAAGAAAACAGAACUUAUUGGAUUUUCUGGGAACAGGUAUCCUAUUGGUAAUAAAAACUUGCCAAAUUUUAAAAAAUGGGUUGAGGAUACACUACAGGUAGACAUGAGUGUAUACUUUCCUGCUCAGCCGGAGUUGACCGAAGCAUUGCUUCCCGCUCCCAUUCUUAAUGAAGAAUUCAUGGAGGAAUUACAGGAAUUGAAUGUUUCUUUUACGACAGAUUCACAAGACAGAUUGUUCAGAGCUCAUGGUCAUACAAUGAGGGAGAUUUUUACGUUGAGAAUGGGAAGGUUUGAACGAAUUCCAGACAUUGUAAUCUGGCCAAAAUGUCACUUGGACGUGACAAAGAUAGUGCAGCUUGCUACAAAACAUAACGUGGUUGUCAUUCCAUUUGGAGGUGGGACUAGUGUGUCUGGUGGUUUAGAAUGUCCGCCUGAAGAACACAGAAUGAUUAUUUCGUUAGACACAUCACAAAUGAAUAGAAUAUUGUGGGUUGACAAAGAGAAUUUGACAGCUUGCGUCGAAGCGGGAAUAAUUGGUCAAGAUUUGGAACGAAAACUGUUGGAGUUCGGAGUACGCACGGGACACGAACCCGACUCCUACGAGUUCAGUUCGCUCGGAGGCUGGGUGGCCACCAGGGCAUCGGGAAUGAAGAAGAACAUUUAUGGAAACAUAGAGGACUUGGUGGUUCACGUCAAAGUUGUCACUCCCAAAGGCGUGAUAGAGAAAAACUGUCAGGUUCCAAGAAUGUCGAGCGGACCGGAUGUCCAUCACUUUAUUUUGGGUUCAGAAGGGACACUUGGAGUUGUAACGGAGGUGGUCCUAAAGGUGCGCCCAAUUCCAGAAUGUACCAAAUACGGUUCUAUCGUGUUUCCUUCUUUUGAACCCGGCGUUUCGUUUAUGAGAGAGAUAGCUCGACAGCAACUGAAGCCAGCAUCUGUUAGGUUAAUGGACAAUGAGCAGUUUAUAUUCGGACAAGCUCUGAAACCCGAAGCAUCGUCUUCCUUUACCAGUGUUUUAGACCAUUUUAAGAAAUUUUACGUGACCCACAUCAAAGGAUUUGAUGUUAGCAAAAUCUGUGUUGCAACAUUGCUGUUAGAGGGAACCAAAGAAGAUGUUAAUAUUCUUGAGAAAAAAUUAUAUGUCAUAGCGAGUAAAUUUGGAGGAAUGCCUGCAGGUGAAGAAAAUGGCAAGAGAGGUUACAUGCUAACAUUUGUAAUUGCAUACAUUAGGGAUCUUGGAAUGGAUUAUGGUGUAGUUGCAGAAUCAUUUGAAACAUCUGUUCCGUGGGACAGGGUGUUAGAUUUAUGUCGAAAUGUAAAGGAUAGAGUUAAGAGAGAGGUCGAGCACCACAAAAUCAAUUUUCGUCCUCUGGUCACAUGUAGAGUCACUCAGACAUAUGAUGCCGGUGCAUGCAUUUAUUUCUACUUUGCAUUUAACUACAGAGGAAUUUCUGAUCCUGUACAUGUGUACGAAGAAAUUGAGGCAGCAGCAAGAGAUGAGAUUUUAGCAUCGGGAGGAAGUAUUUCGCAUCAUCAUGGAGUGGGUAAACUGAGAAAACGUUGGAUGAAACAGAGUGUUUCAGACAUUGGAAUGGGCAUGAUGAAAGCGGUGAAAAAUUAUGUAGACCCUCAAAAUAUCUUUGCCAAUGGAAAUUUGUUGUGAUAAAGAAAUAAAAUAUUUUUUACGAAUUUUUAAAAGAAAUCAAACUCGACUUUCCAUAAGAAUAUUUUUUCCCUUCAAACAUUCUGUUAAUGAAAUUUAAUUUUUGUCUUCCAUCUAGAAAGUAACCAUUCAAAUGUAAAUAAGCAUCUUAGUCAUAUAAAAAAAAAUCUGGUAAGUUUUAUGCAAUCACAUUCCCAGAUAUGAACAGAAUUGUCUUCCUAUAAAUGGAACCCACUUCAUAUCUAUAAAGUAUUUUGUAAUGCUGUGAAAAAUGUAAAUAACUCAUUAGGUGUAUCUAGUCAGAAUGGGAAGCAUUUUACAGUGCAUUAACAAUUGUUUU